GACCUUUAUGUGCAAUGAACACACCUCCUCCUCUCCCAACGUAGCUCCGCCCACUUCCUGCACACCUGGAUAAAAGCUCACCUGUAGCAUCAGCAGCACAGAGCCACCUGCAGUCCUCUGGAUCCCACACUGACCCCAGCUGACGAUAACCUGACGUCCAUCAUGACCUCCAGCAUGUCCAUGAGGAGCUUCUCCAUGAGCCGCCAGCCCUCCUUCUCCAGCCGCUCCCUCAUGGACACGGGCCGCGCUCGCUCCCGGGCGUCGGUCUCCUUCGCCGCCGCCGGCCCGCUGACCCGCUCCGCUUCCAUCGGCCAGGACCUCAACGGGCCCGUGGGCCUCCAGCUCAACGGGCUGCACGGCAACAGCACCAACGAGAAGGAGGCCAUGCAGAGCCUCAACAGCCGCCUGGCCAGCUACCUGGACAAGGUGCGCUCGCUGGAACGCUCCAACGCUGACCUGGAGUCCAGGAUCAAGCAGAUGAUGCUCGACCGCAUCCCCAAAGGUCACGACCUCGACUCCAUGAUGGCCCAGGCUCACGCUGUGGAGCAGGAGGUGAGGAAGAGAACCCUGGAGAACGCUCGGCUCAUGCUGGAGAUCGAUAACGCUAAACUGGCUGCCGAUGACUUCAGAAUCAAGUGGGAGACUGAGCUGGUGAUGUGUCAGUCUGUGGAGCGGGACUGCGUGGCUUUGAAAAAGGCCAAGACUGACCACGAGCAGCUCAUCGCGUCUCUGAGGGGCGACCUGGACAGCCUGAAGGAGGAGCUGUACUUCCUGAAGAAAAACCACGAGGAGGAGCUGGAGCAGAUGAGGUCCCGCAUCGCCAGGGACGAGGUGAACGUGGAGGUGGACUCCACCAGCGGGCCCGAACUGGGCACCAUCCUGUCCGGCCUGCGCUCCCAGUACGAGGGCAUCGUGAAGAAGAACAAGGAGCAGGCGGAGCAGUGGUACCACAAGAAGCUGGAGACGGUGCAGAACGAGGUGAAGGAGAGCAACGAGGCCCUGAGAGGCGCCCAGAGCGAGCUGACCGAGAGGCAGCGCUUCCUGCAGACCCUGGAGGUGGAGCUGGAGAGUCUCCACAAGCAGAUAGCGGCGCUGGAAGGCAACCUGGGCGAGACGGGCCAGAAGUACUCGGGCGAGAUGGAGCGGCUGCAGGCCUCGCUGACCCAGCUGGAGGACGACCUGUCGGCGCUGCGGCUGGACAUGCAGCGCACCAAGACCGACUACGAGCAGCUGCUGCGCAUCAAGCAGAACCUGGAGAUGGAGAUCGCCACCUACAGGCGGCUGCUGGAGGGGGAGGAGGCAGUCAAAGAAGUCCCUCCACCACCCAAAAAGGAGCCCGACGUUCGCACCAGGAAGAUCGUGAAGGUGGUGACGCAGACGAUGAUCAACGGCAAAGUGGUGGAUGAGUCCAGUGAGGUGGAGCAGAUUGAAGAGACCAAGAAAUAGAGGGAAUGCGGAUUUAAAAGCACAAGUAGAGAAAAUGGGAAACAUCGGAAAGAAGGAGUGAAUGAGCCGCGGCGACGGAGCGUCCAGCGUUUUUACACAGUUGAACUGGGAAGUGGUGACUGAAUGUUUAGCCUUUCUUCUAGUCGGACCCGUUGUAUCAGUGAACGUGUAGAACUCUAACCAGUCGGGUCGUGGCUGAACGUUAGUGUCAGACCUUUGCUUUAUCAUUUUACUGACCGUGUUCCUAACAUCAUAUUUAUUACUUAGUGUGGGAGGUUUACUGUAGUUAAUGUUACACAACCCAUCCUUAACCCUUUUUACAACAACAUCAUUAGUAAUGAGAAUAAUAGUCUUUGCUGUUUUUGUGUUAUGUUUAAAUAAAAAGGUUCCAUUAAUCCAUG